AAAUCCAAGUUAUGUAUACCUUACCGAAGAAUCCCUUCAACCAUUAUGAAGACGUCGGUAUAAGAACAGACAAAAGAUAAAUCUUCCCAUGGAAGAGACUAUUAAUCGACCCCUUGCCAAGGAAAGAGGCCAUAUACCUAGAUGGCUAUAAGCAACGUAGACUGGCUCGGCGGGGACUCGACCACGACAUUUUUCCCAUAACCAUGGCUCUCGAACAGGACACAUCGACCCCCGCACCUAUAUAAACCACAGCGCUCGUCCAGCCCACUCUCCCGCCAGCAAUCCUCCGCAGCCUCCACAGGUCUACCCAGCUACCACCACCACCAUGCAGCUCACCAUGCUCUCGAUCUUGACGGCCCUCGCUGCCACCGCCUCCGCAGCCCCGCUCUUGGUCGUACCCUCCACGACGCCGCCGGACCCGACCUCGGACCUAGGUGCCUUCGGCGACGAUCCUCGCUGGAUCUUCAUGGAUCCGCUGGUCCCUUACCCUGUUGACAUGCCUGAGGUUGAGGAGGACCGUAAGGAGGUUUUGCCGAACUCUACUUUCGUGGAUGGCGAGCAGCCCCCGGAGAAGCGGGAGCCUGUUCCUACUGACGACGAUGAUAAGGCCGACAGGAAACUUGGGGAGUCCGAAAAUAACCUUGAGGAGGAUCUUGGGCCGAUCGCUUUGUUCUUGGACGGGCUCAGCUCUUUAUGGGACAUGAUCUCCGGCGGGAACCUGCCGGCAAAGCGGAGUAUUAUUCCUACUGACGACUUUAAUGUGUCUGAGGCCCAGAAGAACCUUAAGGAGCUUGGACCGAUCUCUAUGUUCGUGGACGGCGAACAGCCGCCGGCGAAGCGGGAGCCUGCUCCUACUGACGAUAAGGACAUGGGGGAUGAACUUGGGCUCAUCUCUUAUUUCGUAGACGGCAUCACUUCUUUAUUUGACGAGCCGCCGGCAAAGCGGGAGCUUGCUCCUACUGACGCUAAUUUGUCUACGGACGAGGAGAUCCGUCUGAGAGCUUGGCUGACCUCUCUUCUAUUGGGCGGCAGGGGCGACAAUCAACUACCGGCGAAGCGGGACGCCGAAGCCAAGUCUCCUAGCUGGAUCGAUAUCCUCUCGCACAACUACGACGGCCCGCCUCCUAGCUGGAUCGAUAUCCUCUCGCAUAAAUACGACGAUCCCAUGCUUAAGCGACGUUCUUUCUUCGCGGACGGCGAGGAGCCACUCGAGAAGCGGGACGAUGACGGCCUCAAGUACCCUAGCCCCUGGGAUAUUCUUAAGCAUGAAUUUGAGGACAUUGGGCGCCGCUCGAUCCCUCUGGAUGACAAUCUGGAUCUUAAGGCUCUUUGGCGUACGCAUCCCGAUAUUAUGGCCCAGCUGACCAAAGACCCUCGUUAUCAAUCUCUCAACAAGCUUGAUGCGAACCCGUAUAAUAAUUCCUAGGGAGAUAUACUAGGUAUGAGAAUGGCACCUACGCGUUCACGAAUAUCUGGGGAUCCGAGAGACCGCGAUGAAGGAUCUUAGGAUGAAGUGUAGGGAUAGCCAGUUUGUCUUUUUCUCGCUGUGUUAUGAUUUGUAUGUCAUUUAUCAGGUGAAGCCUCUCUUUCAGUAAUACUUGGAUGUCCUCUCCGUAACGUG